AUGGCGUUUGCGGAGGGCAAUCACCCAGUGGCUUUAAUUGACACAUCCUGCUACUCUGCAGAUUGUUGUUUAUCUGCCUUGGUGCCACAACAUGCCAUGAAACCCUAUCGGCUAUUGGUUGCAAUGGAGCUUAUUAAAACUUUAGGGCUUGAACGUCAUUGUCGAACCGUUGUACCGCCUCUUAUUGGAAUUGAGCAGCUACUCUCAUAUCAUGCAGCGGAUUAUAUUUCAAAUCUUGGCCUUCAUAGUAGCCAAAGCUGGCUAUGGAAUACGGAAGUCUCAAAGGUGACUUUUUCAGGGGAUUGUCCUCCGGUGGAAGGGAUACUAGAACAUUCACUUUCUAUUGCAAGUGGUUCACUUAUGGCAGCCAUACUCUUGAACAGCGGAAAGGCGGAUAUUGUUAUUCACUGGGGUGGAGGUAUGCAUCACGCAAAAUGUGGAGAAUGCUCUGGAUUUUGCUAUGUAAACGACAUAGUUCUUGCUAUUCUUGAGCUACUUAAGUGUCACAAAAGAGUUUUGUAUGUGGAUCUUGAUAUGCAUCACGGAGAUGGUGUUGAUGAAGCCUUUUGCCAAAGCAAUAGAGUGUUUACGCUCUCUCUUCAUAAAUUUGGUGAAUCUUUUUUUCCUGGUACAGGACACCCACGUGACAUAGGUUUUGGAAAAGGACGCCAUUGCACUAUGAAUUUGGCUUUGUGGGAUGGCAUAGAUGAUUUCUUCUACACAACAAUUUUUGAACGUGCGUUGUCGUCAAUUGUCAAACGAUAUCUACCCGACGUUGUUGUUUUACAGUGUGGUGCCGAUUCGUUGGCUGGGGAUCGUCUUGGACACUUUAACCUGUCAUCUUGGGGGCAUGGAAAAUGUGUUGAAGAAGUCAAAAAGCUUGGUUUACCAAUGCUAGUCUUGGGAGGAGGCGGUUACACCUUAAGAAAUGUUGCAAAGCUGUGGGCCUAUGAAACGAGCAUUCUAUGUGGUAGAAAGCUGCCUUUGAAUACGGUUAUUCCUGUUCUAGGAAUGCCCCUGAGUGGUUGCCUCUUCGAGGACUCAACUCAGUUGUUGGUUGCACAGGAUGAGGAAAAUAAGCCGCUUCCUGGUGUCAAUGUUCAGCGGGCCUUCAAAAUGGUCAUUGAGCAAAUCGAUAAGCAAUGUCCCAAUAUCAGCCUGCCUUGA